CUUAAAACCCAACUUCACCUUCCUCUCUUAUUCUUCAAAUUUCACUCUUUCUUCAAAUGCUACAAAUGAAUUCCUCUGAUCAUCAACUCAUUAAUAAUAAUAAUAAUAAUAAUAAUAAUAAUAAUAAUAAUAAUAAUAAUAAUAAUUCGACUAAUCCUCGAGCUUCUUUAGCUCGUCGAAAAUAGCUAAGCUAGCUAGCUUAGCAUUCAUUUUUAUUUUUUCCUAGAUGGGGUUUUCUAAUCAUGUACAUAUUCCACUUUCAUCAUCAAGUUUGUUACGUGGUGAAACACGAGGAGAAGGUGGAGUAGAUGAGACCGCGCAUGAAGCCCUUUUUACAAGUAGUAAUGAUCAAAUAAGGCUGGUUAGGGAAAUUCCGGCUUCAUUUGUUGUAAGGAUGGCAAUGAGGGUAUCGCGAGCAAAGUGGUUUACAUUCCUUAGAAGGGUUUUUCAUUACCAAAAUGGAUCAAGAUCUCACCUUGGAGAAAACCCUUUUAAUUCUUGUAGUUGGAUGAUGCUUGAAUUUCUAGCACUUGUUAUUCAAAUAUGUGUUACUUUGAUUACACUAUGUUUUUCUAAGGAAGAGAGGCCUGUUUGGCCUAUGAGAAUAUGGAUUGUUGGGUAUGAUUUUGGUUGUGUUAUGAACCUUUUUAUCCUAUAUUGGAGGUAUAGGCAUUACCAUUUGGUACAAGGAAAUAAUGGGCUAAACAUUCUUGAUUUGGAACAACAACGAAACAAUGAAGAACCAAGGGGCUUGCAUUUGGUGAACAGAUGCAGGGCAUCUCUAGACUUGUUCUUUGCAAUGUGGUUUGUGAUGGGGAAUGUAUGGGUUUUCGACUCGCGAUUUGGAUCCUUCAACCGAGCUCCAAAGCUUCACAUCCUUUGCAUAAUCAUAUUGUCUUGGAAUGCCAUAACUUACUCCUUUCCUUUCCUUCUUUUUCUUCUUCUUUGCAUUUGUGUUCCAUUAAUUAGUAGCUUCAUUGGCUAUAAUAUGAACUUGGGUUCUGCUGAAAAGGGAGCAUCUGAUGAUCAAAUAUCUCAGUUACAUUGCUGGAGAUAUAAAUUGGUUGAGACCAGUUUAGGUGCUGGGAAUUCCUCCCCUACUAAGGACAAUCCAGAGUGUUGUAUAUGCUUGACAAAAUACAAGGACAAAGAAGAGAUAAGGCAAUUGCCAUGUUCACAUAUUUUCCACAAAAAAUGUGUGGACCAAUGGCUUAGGAUUAUAUCAUGCUGUCCUUUAUGUAAACAAUGUUUAGAUUGAUCAAAGCCUUUAUAUAUAGGUUAAUUGUUGAUAUAUUGUUACAAAAUACUAACGAGAAACUAUACACCCUUUUUUUCUUUAUAAUAGCUUAAUUAUAUGAAGUAUAUUAUAAAAUGGGGUAUACACUACUUUCAUUGUACAACUACUUUUUCACCAUAUAUUGUAAAGUAAGAGUAUAUAUAGUAUAUUAUAUAGAUUGUCUAUAAAUUUAUGAGGAAUGUAACAAUUUCAUCAUGAAAUCCUCUUAUAUACGAGUAUAUGUAUACAAAAGUUAAUGACAUC